UGCGUACUUACGUGGUUGUCUAAAGGGUUGCUCUAGUAUGUCCUUUUUUCUUUUUUUUAGCAGAAUCAGGCAGGCUUGGCAACGACUUUUUUUUAAUGUGGUGAAGAAGAAAUAAAUGGCACAUUUGUUUCCUUAGCGUACAAAGGGGUAUAGCUAACAGCUAGCUUUUUCUCAUGCGGUCGAUGCAAGCAGUUCAAAAAGACUAUAGCAGAAGGCAGUGCUUAGGCUUCAGGUAUUCACCGAGUGCAACCACCGGAUUCAACUUGAUAGUCAGUUGACCCCAAACGAGUAGUUGCAUAUCCUAUAGACAGCAGAUAUGCGAGCGUUAUUUGCAUGCCUUUUUUGUAUACUUUUGGUGGCGUCAUUGCUACCGGAUCUUUCAGAAGAAGCUGUAGGAGUUGAAGAAGUGCGCCUGCACCAUGAACUCUGUCACUAUGGGGAACAUAGAAUUGAAGAUGGCAAAAGCCUCGAACUUGCAAGCCCGUGCGUACGGUUGACGUGCGAGUCACUGAAUGCCAGCUACGCCAAUGUGUUUAUUGCUGGGUGCGGUGUGGUAGCCCUAGGCAAGGAGAUUCCAGACCAUUGCAAAAUAAGAAAGCCGAAGAGGCUGAAACCUUAUCCUGGUUGCUGCCCCAGAAUUGUUUGCCGACGAAAACGUAAAGUGAACUCAAAUGCCGAAUGACACACCUUUAAAUUUUGCCGCAAAUUGUCUUCCAAUAUAAAAAUAAAAUUUUAUGCCAAGAUGCUUUAAAA